GUAACGGGAAGUUUGAAGACAUGGCCGGAAAACCAAAACUGUACUACUUUGAUGGAAGAGGCAAGAUGGAGUCGGUUCGCUGGUUGCUAGCUGCAGCUGGGGUUGAGUUUGAAGAAGAAUUUUUGGAAACUCGAGAACAGUAUGAGAAGCUUCUGCAAGGUGGAUCCCUGAUGUUCCAGCAAGUGCCCAUGGUGGAAAUUGAUGGGAUGAAGAUGGUGCAGACUAGAGCCAUCCUCGGCUACAUAGCAGCAAAGUACAACCUCUAUGGGAAGGACCUGAAGGAGAGAGCCCUGAUUGAUAUGUGUGUUGGAGGAACUGAUGACCUUAUGGGCUUCAUUCUGAUGUUCCCUUUCUUAUCGGCUGAGGAUAAAGAGAAACAACGCGCUGUUAUCGUUCAAAAGGCAACAAGCAGGUAUUUCCCAGCGUAUGAGAAGGUUUUGGAAGACCAUGGGCAGGACUUUCUUGUUGGCAACAACUUUAGCUGGGCAGAUGUUCAUCUCCUUGAAGCCAUUUUAAUGGUAGAAGAGAAGAAAUCAGACGUGCUCUCAGGCUUUCCUCAGUUACAGGCAUUUAAAGCAAGGAUAAGCAGCAUCCCUACAAUCAAAAGAUUUCUAGAGCCAGGAAGCCAGAGAAAACCUGUUCCUGAUGACAAAUAUGUGGAGACUGUGAGGCGAGUUCUCCGCAUGUAUUAUGAUGUAAAAGCCAAUUAGUGUGUCUGGCUG